AAAAUAAGUUGGCUCCGAGCGAGGAGGCGAGCGGCGGCGGCUACAAGCCAACCCCCCCCCUUCCCCUUGUCAGAUGUCCUCUGCCCAGGGUGCUUUCUCUUGCAAAACCAUCUGAGAACCGGGGGCCGAGCACUUCCCCAAAAGCUCAGGCUGGGGGGUGGUUGGGGGUGGGGUGGAAGCGGAUUUCUGCUUUUCUUCUUCUUCUUCUUCUUCUGUUCUUCCUCCUGAACUGGUACAUUGUUUUAAAAAUGGGGACUCGUCAAUGCUAGGCAACCGGGAAGGGGGGGUGGGGGUUUGGUGUGCUGAACCAGCAGAGCCACAGAGAAAGCGCCAGAGCCUGCCAGAGCUGCAGAGAGACACAGGCAGACUGACAAACGCAGCCGGCCGCCGAGGACCCCGGGUGGCAGAGGUGGCAGCAGGGGGGGGUCCCUUCUUGGAGACCUGGGGGGGCCUUUGGACCUCUGCUCGGGGGUCUUCUGCUCCUGCUAGACCCGUGAGUGCAGCUGGCUUGACAAACCACCGCCACUGCUUUGCCAAGGGACUGUUUUUGGUGUGAUGCUCCGGGGCUGUGCAGAGGGGUAGCAGGAAGGGGAGACCCCCCAGAUGCAGGGGAGACCCACAGAUUCAGCCGGCAGUGGGGCAGCUAUCCUGCGGUCCCCAGGCGGCCAGAGCUCAGCCCUUGGAGAGGGAACAGCCGGGCGCUGUCCACAGAUGCUCAGCCAGUGAACAUGGAAUCUUGGAGCAAUUUUUCCAGCCGCCUCCUGACCUGCUCGGUCUUGCUGCUGCUUUGUAGAUGGACAGGUGCCGGAGCCAAUGAGCUGGCAAUCCUACAGACCCCGGGACCCUUGAGGCUGACUGCAGGAGAGAACCUCACUCUCAAUUGCAUGUUGAGAGGGUUUGGUCCCCCGGGGGCCGUCAAAUGGCAGAAAGGCGCAGACAGAAGCCAGCCUCCUGUUUACAAUGAUAAAGAGGCCUCUUCGUCCCCCACGUCCCGAGUGGCCAGGAUCAUUCCGGGGUCAAACACGGACUACAGCAUCCACAUCAGCAACAUCCAGCCGAAGGAUGCCGGGACCUACUACUGCGUGAAAUACAAGGCGGGAUCCCCAGAAACAGAAUACAGAUUGGGAAUGGGCACAGAGGUGUCCGUGAUUGCGACACCAUCCCUGCCCAAUAUCACCGGCCCCCCAAGCAGAGUGGAUUCAGGGGCCUCCGUGACUUUCAACUGCACAUCAGAGGGAUUCUUUCCUCGGGAAAUCACACUCACCUGGAUUAAGGACCGGAGGACCAUCCCAGCCUCCUCGGUUGCUGUUCUGCCCCCGGAAGAGAGCACCUCCUACCAAGUCGUGAGUGCCGUGGACAUGACCCUCACAGAGAGGGAUGUGAAGUCUGAGCUCACCUGCCAGAUCCAUCACAGCACCUUACCUGGACCCCUGCGGAAGAGUUUUAAACUUGGCGAUGCCCUUCGAGUCACGCCCAAGAUGUCGGUGGAACCCGGUCAGCUGAUUGAGGCCGUGGUGAACGAGUUGGUGACCAUCACCUGCAGCGCGAAGGGGUUUUAUCCCAACGACACCGGUCUGGCCUGGAGAGAGAACGGCAGCGAGACGGAUCUUCCCAUGGCUGAGUCCACGACCCAGGAUUACGACGGGACGUUCUCCAUGAGGAGUAUCCUAGAAAUAAAUGCGACGGAGGGAAGGAACCACUCCGUAUUUUCCUGCUACGCUGUGCGCAAUUCUCAGCCUCUGGAUCCUGUAAACGUAACCCUGAAAAUACACAGAGAAGGAAAGGGACUCACCUAUUCGGGGGGAGCAGGGAACGUCUUCACGACUCGCGGGCCUCUCUUGUACAUCCCCUGCGUGCUGAUUCAUGCGUUUCUGAUCUGGCUUGGUCAGGGCCAUCCUCUACUCUCUGCAAUAUCCGGGCUUGAAUCCUCUGCCGUCUGGGCCAAGCAGAAGAAAGGUAAAGAUUCUACAUCUGUAAGGUUAAAUGAGUCUGAGAAGACUUCCGGGGGCACAAAUCAGGAGCCGGAUCCCAACAACGUGACCUACGCAGACUUAAACUUUGACAAGCCCCCCCAAAAGAGUCCCCGCCAAGAGGCCGACAUCAGCCAGAAGUCCGAGUACACCAGCGUCCAGACCGCUCCGCUGGCGACCCCGGACGACAAUGUCACCUAUGCAGAUUUGGACAUGGUGCACCUAAGCAAAGCACCCAAGAGACCUGCCCCGAAGCCCGAGGAAGCCAGCUCAGAGUACGCCAGCGUGCAGGUACAGAACAAAUGAGCUGGGGCCACAGCCGUCGGCUCUCUGUAGCUCGCUGGCCAGCUCGCAGGGAUGCCAGAUGUCUCCUCGCCAACCUGUGGUUCUUGGCCUUGCCCUGGUGCCGAGUUUCAGUGGAGGCCUGCCAGGGAUUGCCUACCGAGUAUGGUUCCUGCAGCUUCUUCACGUGGAACUUUGUGCACACCGCCAAGGUCGAGGAGGAAGCUAAUUGGUGCUACAUACCAUUGCAUUCUGGUCUACUGGCUAGUUCAUGGUGCCUCUCUCCCCUGCUAUCAAGGGAGAGGGAUGGGAGAGGCCUAGAACCACUAAGGAUCUAACACCGCUUAUCACUGGGACAACAGCUCUCUUUUUUUAAUUCAUCCACACAACACGUCGAGGUGUCGGGCGCAUGGCUGCCGUCGGAGGUCGUUGCGUUCGGAGCGGUCGGGCUGUUACCCGCGGCACUUCCAGUCCAGGGCCUUCUCUCCACGUCAAGACAUCCAGGAGCUCCUCCCCGAGUCCAACUCGUUCCGUUUUCUUCACGGGGGUGAACUGACCCAGCUGGUCCCAACUAAGAUGCAAAGAAACCGCUGCACUUUCAUCGUUGAAACGCUCGGACUCGGCGGUAUUUGGGCAAAGGAAACGGCUGCUUUCCCGGGUACCUCUGCGAGGAGGGAGCCUGGUUUCUUGACGGUGGUUGUGUCUUUCACCCUGCGGCUGCUCGGUCCUCCCCGCCUUGACCUCAUGUCAUGGAACAGUGCCUCUUUGAUAUACAGCAGCUCAUACUCAGCCAGGAUUUCCCAUCUCGUCCAGCCCAAGGGCCUCUAUCUGGCAAAGCCAAAUCUGUAGAAAGCCUGUCGGUGUGUUGAUCUCUAACUUGUUUUUUUUUCCUUUAAAUUUCAUCCCUAACCAUUGGGGGCGAGGACUUGCUUUCACGUCGCAGUGUCUCUGAUGAGCUGGGGCCUUUGAAAAUCAAGACUCGUGUUCCAAACAAACCCGACAGUUUCUUCCCUCUUACAACAGGGUUGGCAAAAUGGCAGCAGAACCGAGGCCUGCAAGAUGCGGUUUCUCUCCCGCAUGUUGUGGGCUGUUUAAAGGGCUGUUCGUCGUCCCUUCUUUGCCUAUAACGGGAGGAGAUCUCUCUCCCAAGACCAAUAGCUCUCCAAGCCUCUCAUCUCUUUCCGCCUCCAUUACUCUGUCUUUAGAGUCCAGUUCCAUUUGCUGGUGUGCCAUACCAUGUGGCAGCCAUUUUGUUUCUGUUUACAUGGUUUAUCAUAUUUUCGCAGCCUGAGAACGCCUCAGGAGUGGGACAGAAAAGAGGCUGGGCCACCUUGGUGGCCCCAGAAGGCAGCGUCCAAUCAUGUUGGAGCAAUGGCGGUGAGAGAGGAGGAGACAAGGAGGCCUAUUGGGCUGCCAGAGUGGCUUCGCGGGCCAGAGAGAGGGGAAAUCCAUCCAUAUGAGACCAAAAACUUGGCAGCUCAUCGUACCUUGGCUCCCAGCUGUUCAGGAGCUAGGGCUGUUUCUCUUUCCUGGGAUUCCUCCACCUCAACAUUUAAUGCCUGCCUCUCAGUGUGUUUCCUCGUUGGCCAAAUCCUCUCAUUUUCCCCCCUUCCUGCACUACUUUUUCAGUAGAGGGUUGCAGAGUUUAAGAGGAAAACCUU